GGAAAAGUAUGGAGAUUAGUCAUCGUCAUGGACUGAAUUGAAACGGUUAUAGAAGGUGAUGUUUUUCAUCCUGGUUGCAGAGCAGAACCUCCUUAAAAUGAGUCUGGCAAGCCACGUGUUCUAUUGAUCACCCAUGGUGAUGAAACCAAAGCUUCAUAGUUUUAAAAACCUCUCCACCAUCUUGUCCCCACCUUCUUCAUAACUCCGUUCUUCAUCUUCUUCUUCUUCUUCCCAUCUUCAACAAACCAUACAUAAUCAUCCCACCAUCUCCUUUUGUCUUUUUCUCUAAACCACUUCGCCAUUUUCAAGACCUUCACACCUAUUUUAACCUCACAGCUUACUAAAACCAAUAGCUCCCUGUUUGCUUUCUCUCGCUUUCUAAGAUGUCUGCGAGUACUGUGUUUACUGCUCCAGUUUCUGGAUCGAGCUACGUCAGGUUUCAACCCGUAAGGCAGACUCUGUUUCCGGUUAAAGACUCCAUUUCGUGGAGUAGGAAAACUGUGUCUAAUGGCUCGAGAACUUACUGCAUGAAGACAUGGAAACCGAUUAACAACAAGAAGUUCGAGACCUUCUCCUACCUUCCUCCUCUGUCCGACGAGUCAAUCGCUAAGGAGAUCGACUACAUGAUAGAAAAGGGUUGGAUUCCAUGCCUUGAAUUCAAUGAGGCAGGAAAUGUCCACAGAGAGAACAGCCGGAUUCCCGGAUACUACGACGGGAGAUACUGGACGCUGUGGAAACUGCCGAUGUUUGGAUGCAACGAUUCUGGUCAAGUCCUGAACGAAAUCCAUGAAUGCAAAAAGGCUUGCCCGAAUGCUUAUAUUAGGUGUCUGGCUUUCGACAACCGCCGUCAGUGUCAGUGCAUGGCUUUUAUUAUCCAAAAACCCGCCGUCGCCGGCGAUCGGAGCAGCUGAAGGCGAGUAACUUGGUUUGGCUUUUAUUGUGGGUGGUGUAAACCAGUGGCGCCAAUAGUUUUGGGGUUUUUUAAUUAAAAUAAAAUUUGUCAAAAUAAUAAUAAUAAUAUUUGGUUUGUGUUUGGCA